GACCUCCGUUUAAAAUGUUAAUGACAGUAAAUUAGAAAAGCCGCUCAUGUUUUGUUGUAGGCAAAGGAAGCCCGUAACGCCAUUCUUCACAGUGCAAACUAUGAGCUACCUGAAGGCAAACUCCAUGAUUAUAUAGACUUGUUUAAAAGCAUACUUGAGAUCAGAGAACAGAAUGGAAGAGCCCCCCUUUACGGUCAACCAGGAGUUCAAAUGGCAAUUGAUCAAUUGAAUGAGUUAAAAGACAAGCAGAUUGAAGUACAGGUUUCUGAAGAUUUACAAAAGGAGAUAAGAGAAUUAAAAGAGCAUGCUAUGGGCGAAGUAGCGGUUAAAGUUAAAGAAGCAAUGAAACAGACUAACAUAAAGCAACAGGAAUUAGAGGAAAAACUGAAAAGGACUGAAGAAGAGCUUCAGCUGUUGCGUGAUCUCAGGUCAAAAUCGACAGAAAGUGAAGAAUCAACGCAUUCUACAGAGCCUUUCGAAAUGGAAUUACAUAUAAGGGUUGUUGGGCCAACGGGAGAGACAAGUACCGAAGGAAAUCAGCGUAUAUGCAACAGCAUGAAAGGUGAUAAUACCAGACUCAAUAUUAACACAGAGGCGCAUGUACACUCUACUAAUCAAUCUGUUCAUCAUCUUUUUGGCUACAUUAAUACCAUUAAAGGCUGUAAGAUCGUUGAUGUGUUGAACACAGACGUUUCUGUCAACAUAAAAAUCCAUUGCUUUACUCGCAAGGCCAUUGCAGACUUUCUUAAGUCAAUCAAUGGAAACGAGUUUCAGAGAGAAACAAGUGUGUUAAGAGAAUGCUUAGAGAGACUGGAGCACAUAAACGGACAUGAUGUAGUAGCAAGCUGCUCAUCAGAAAGUAUAGACAAUACAAGGAAGCGUCUAGAUAAACGAGGUGUUACAACUGACUUCACUUGUGGUAACCAUCAGGGUACACAGUGCACAUGGUAUUGUUCUGACCACGACACGUUUUUCUGCUCCGCGUGUAAGGAUUCAGACCAUAG